GAGAUAGCUGCAGCUCUAGAGACUGCUUUCCGGGCUCUAGAUGUUGAUGCCGUUCAGAACCCAUUCAGCAUGCCUUAACUCGGUGGCUGCCUGAAUGUCUGACAGCUGCAUAGAGUUCCCGAGUGAGCACGCAGAGCUGAUCUGUGAGAAAGGCCUGCAACGGGACACGUUACGCAGAAUCUGUGAGGUCUUGUGUGUGGAACGUGUGCUUAUGUGCGUAGUCGUUGGAGGGCCCGUGAGCAUGGGCAGGGCUGUGUCUGUUUACAAGUCUGCUUACACUCUGACAAGUGUGGUCAACACCUGAGUGUGUUUUCCUUCUUUGACACAGGCUCUGCACAAUGCCAUGGCUUUCUUACCGUCUUACAGGGUGGCUGCUGUGAACAACUCUGACACUCGAGCGACAGGCUGUCUCCUCACUGGCAUCCCUGGGCUGGAGCACCUACAUGUGUGGCUGUCCAUUCCCUUCUGUACUAUGUACAUAGCUGCCCUGAUAGGCAAUGGUGUUCUAAUCUGUGUCAUCCUCUCCCAGCCAAGCCUCCACGAGCCCAUGUACAUUUUCCUGUCUAUGCUGGCCAGUGCUGAUGUCCUGCUGUCUACCUCCACGAUGCCCAAGACCCUGGCCAACUUCUGGCUAGGUUCUAGCCACAUCUCCUUUGACGGCUGCCUGACUCAGAUGUUCUUCAUCCACUUCCUCUUCGUGGCUGACUCUGCUGUCCUGCUGGCCAUGGCUUUUGACCGCUAUGUGGCAAUAUGCUCUCCUCUGCGCUACACCACCAUCCUGACCAGGCAGGUCAUGGGAAAGAUGGCUGCUGCUACCCUGACACGCAGUUUUAUAAUCAUGUUCCCAUCCAUCUUUCUCCUCAAGAGGCUGCACUACUGCCGGAUCAAUAUCAUUCAACAUACCUUCUGUGAGCACAUGGGUAUCGCCCGGCUGUCCUGCUCUGACAUUUCCAUUAACGUCUGGUAUGGACUGGCAGCUGCUCUUCUCUCUACAGGCCUGGACAUCAUUCUCAUCGCUGUUUCCUAUGUCCACAUCCUCCGAGCGGUUUUCCGCCUCUCUUCCCAAGAAGCCAGGUCCAAGGCCCUGAGUACUUGUGGAUCCCAUGUCUGUGUCAUCCUGCUUUUCUAUAUCCCAGCCCUCUUCUCUGUCUUUGCCUACAGGUUUGGUGGGAAACGCAUCCCACGUUAUGUCCACAUCCUGCUGGCCAACCUCUAUGUGGUCAUCCCGCCUAUGCUUAACCCUGUGAUUUAUGGAGUAAGAACAAAGCAGAUACUGGAAGGAGCUAAGCAGAUGUUUGCGAAUAUCAGCAAGGAAUUUAAAUAA